AUGGCCAUUGUCUCUGAUGAUGAGAUUAUCCCACAACAGGAGAUCUUUACCUCCGACACCGAGAGUGACCCGGAGAUGAUGUCAGAUGACGACGAUGAUUUCCAGCCUUUUGCGCUGCUCGAUUUUGGCAACGAUGUACCGCAUGCUGAUGGUCUCCUCGAUGAGGAUCCCUUUCUUAUUCCUAUUCCUGACCAAGACCAUCUCAUCCUCGGACAUCCCGAUGGUGAGCAUGUCGUGGUUCCGAUCCUCGCCCCUUUGCCUCUUGCGGCCUUUCCUCUCGAGGAUUUGCCUUUUGAUGACUUGUCUGAUGAUGAUGUCGAUCUUUUUAUUGAUGGUCCCCCUGAUGCUGCCCAGGGUGAUGGAGUUCCAGCUGAGGAUGUCGUUGUUGUUCCAUUUUUUGAGAAUCCUAUUAUUGAGGAUCCCUCUGAUCAUUCUGUUCCAGACUCCUUUGAGUCUGUGUCAUCCUCCACCUUGCACGCAGUGGGACUGCAGCGAUACCCCACUGAUUCUGAUACUGAUACGGCCCUGUCUGCCGCACCUACUCCUCCGCACGACUUUGAGUUUGACCUUGAGCUAGACUUUGACCCUAACGAUCAACCUGUUGAUGCACCCGCUGAUCCUAAGAUGUUACCCGCGGAUCCCGAGCCGAUACCCGCUGAUCCUGAGCUGGUACCUGCUCCUGAGCCUAUACCUGCUCCUGAUCCUCUUCCUGAUCAUGAUCCUGUACCUUUUGGCAUGCCUGAUGUUGCACCACUUAUACCAGACCCGAUUCCUGCACCCGCUGACCCUGCUGCUUUUGCUGAUCAGAUAGACCCCCGUUACGCUUUCACCAGCAAUGGAUGGAUAGAUGAUGAUGAUGAUGUACCCCCUUUUGUUGAGCCAGUUACUCCCCCUCAUGACAUCCCUCCACCCCGUCCAGGGGAAGGCCCCUCUAGCCAGCAGCCUGGCCAUGUUCCACUCAUGUCAGCAACUUUUCCUCACAUGCCUCAGUAUACAUCUACUGCUCAUUUUAAUUCUGCACCGCCAGGCGAGCCACUCAUAUGGUUUCCGCCGAACACUAUGCCAGUUUCUGAUCCCUACCAUCCCUCGCACUUUAUUGGCUACACGAGGGAUGAGUUACUCCUGUCCUUGCAGCUUCAGCAGGAGAUUUUGUGUCAUAGAGUUAUGGAGCUUGAGAGGAUUCCACGUCCUCCACCUUGUUCAUGUCCGUCACCUUUUGCGACUCCACCUGCUCCUCUCUUUCCUUAUCCAGAUUUUGAUGUUCGAUUUCUCACCAUGAAGCAGUAG